GAACGUCCACGGUCACAAACCUCAGCAGCGACAUGCGCGCCAGAGAACGCAUGAACUACUCGCCUCGGGGCUUUCCUCGUAUCCUCGAAUCAGUCUCCAAACUCCGCAAUCGGCGCUUGCCAAACUGCUACCCCAAGUACGUUUUCGGCUGGGCCAUCAGCGGCGAAGAGCUGGAAAGGGUCUCCGACGAACUCUUCGGUCUCGAUGCGCCUUCCAGCACAAUCAUCACCUACUACUAUGACCGCUGGAGAGAACGUGCGGAUGCCCGCUUCAAGUUCAAGCAUACGUUGUAUGCCAACGUCGAGACCAUGGCUAAUGACGAGCUCUUCUACAUCACUUCGAACGAGACGGAGGAGAGCUUGGCGAGGGCGAGUGACGAAGAGUUUGUUAAAAUGGCAAUGGAGGUCCUGCAGACAGAAGAGAAGGGGAGGUGGUUCCACUUCGACCUAUUCUGAGUCUUUCCACGCACCCCGUAUAUUCCUGUCUACCGUCUUGUCCGGACUCUGGAAGGGGAAUCUGUACUAUAGAUGAUUUCGCGUUUUGGCCUGGGUCGCCAACAGUCGAGACUUGUAGCGAUCACUUCCUCUCGUGAAUAUCUGACAGUAAGUUGC